UGUUUUGUUCGAUUUCGAUUUCCAAUUUCCAAUUUGUGAGCUAGAUUCAUUUUUAAUUUCGGAAAUAAAUCACGAUUUUAUUCAAUAUUUAUGUAAUUUUAAUCUAAAUCAGUAACCUUAAUGAAAAUGGAUAUCGUAGACAAUUUCACAGUAUCAGAUUGGGAGCAGAAUAAAGAUCGCUGUGUUCAAUUACUAUCUCAAGAUGAUUUCAUCAACAAGAUCCCUGAACUGAACAAAGAAAACGCAAAACAUUACGAAAAUAAACUAGUUCGAUUCCGAGGCAUGGUACAGGAUACCUUAAAUCCAGAGUAUUAUUUCGAGAAAUGUCAAGUAUUCAAUUCUAAAACCGGAACGUAUACUAUUCGUAGUGGAAAAUAUCGCGAUUUUAUCGCCUGCGAGGAAGACGAAGAAUUAAUGGUGAACGCAGCCGAAAAUACUCACCAAGAGAAACAUGUAAUUCAUUGCGUCAAAAUCCCCGGAUUAAAUUCGUGGACUCGUCAGUUUAAAUACACCGAUGAUCAAGAUAGCGUUAACAUUCGAAACGAAAAACGAAAACUGCUCGAUGCUGAAAACGAAGAAGCAAUGGAAAUAGACUCAUCCGAUACAAAUAAAAAGCAAGUUACCGAAACGAUCGCUUUAAACAGUGGUACUUCGUCUACUGAAGAUAGCUCAAUGAAAUGUGAUAAUUCCUGCGCUACCGAUGUAAACGUGGAUCCUUUACCCGAAUCGCCUGUAGAAUUAUUCAACGGAUGUGAAAGUUGUUUAUUGAACCUUUACGAUGUUAAAGAUACAGAUAUCAAAGUCAACGAUGUGAUCGAUGUGAUUGGUUUUUUGAGCACAGAAAAUACUGAACAAAUGGAAGAAUCUACAAGCUUAUCUACUUUACCUAAAAUACACGUGGUGCGUGCCAACUUCGGUGUUUCUACGUUCAGCAAUAUGUUGCAGUAUCAUAAAGAACACGUUUUACAAACUGCUCAGCAGUUAAGGGACGAAUUAUGGAUUAUGUUCACUGAUGUCUUGGCAGGCGAUACAUUAGCUGCUGAUUAUCUAAUCUGUCAUUUAAUAUCAUCCGUGUAUUCUCGUCAAGAUUUAUUAGCUUUGGGUAAAUUUUCUCUGAACUUGUCCAACGUACCUUUCCAUCUAUGUGAAUCUAAAUAUGUGAAUGAGCUGUAUAAAUUACUAUCUCAUUUAUUGGAAAAAAGUUGCUUUAUGCCGAUCAGUAUCCAAUACUUGAAUAAUACCACGAUGGUGCCAAAAAAAGAUUACGAUCAAAAUCGACUUAAAGGAGGAGAUCUGCAGUUGUCUUCUAAUACACAUUUGAUUAUCGAUGAAACUCGUCUGGAACCGGGUCAAUUGAUGGACAAAGGUGUUCGUAAUGUACAAGCAUUGGGCAACGUGAUUACAAAUCAAAAACUCGAAUACGAUUUCGAAUUCUAUUCUUGCCCUUUUUACACUGAUAUUCCUGUGUUAACGUUUUCAGAGGGUAAAUCCCUGUUGCCGAGCGAUUGUCGAUUGGUAAUGGAACCCGAUGCAUCGUGUAUUGAAAACAUCAACGAAGCGUUUGCCAGAACUUGGAAAAAAAUGAGCGAUCCUUUGCUUUCGAAAUUAAGAGUUUAUCUGAAUAAUAUUUCAUCGCUUAAAUACGACCUCUCUGCUUCGAUGCAACAGGUGAUUCAAGAAGAUUUUGUCAAAAUGCGUCGAGAAAAUAGCAAAAUAAAUGCAGACGAUUUGCAUAACUUGCUGGUUUUAUCCAGGUUACUGUCAGUGAGCAGAGGAAUGCAAACAUUAGAAAAAAAUAUUUGGGAUUACGCUUGUCGAUUAGAGCAACAAAGAAAAGAUCGUUUACGCUGAUGAUAUUGGUGAAUUUAAGAAUCGAGUAUUUUAUUCAAGUCGAGUUUUUUUUUAUAAAAUCACUAUCAACAUUUUUUUCCCCUCGUGAAAACGUGAAACUUUAUUAGAGAUUUUGUUACAUCCAAUUUUGUAUUUUAAUAACUUAUUAAAUUUUAAUACUUCUAUUUUUAA